AUUUGUAACCGUUGGAUUUCUUUUUGCUAGUCAUACUGUAUAUACGCCAGAUGGUGCGACGCAUGCCGUAUAAUGAUUUACCACGUUUUGAAAACUUUUUUGCUUGGCAACGUAGUCCGUAAAUCCCGCACAGGGAAAGCAUUUCUAAACUCAUUUACUCAGGCAACGUUCAAUCGACAGUCGCAGGUGGCAAUGUCUUACGGAAUUGUAGAACGAGGUUCACCUUUCUCUCAAGAUUACAGGGUGUACAUAACCGACAAUAAUGUACCAAUUUCGCCCUUACACGACAUUCCAUUAUUCUCAGAUCAAGAGAAAAAUUUAUACAAUAUGGUGGUAGAAGUUCCUCGAUGGACAAACGCGAAAAUGGAGAUUACAAUGAAGGAAGUCCUAAAUCCAAUUAAGCAAGACAUAAAAAAGGGUAAACCACGAUUUGUGUCCAAUUGUUUUCCUCACCACGGAUACAUAUGGAACUACGGGGCCUUACCGCAAACGUGGGAAAAUCCCGAUCAUCUGGAUGAUGGCACUGGUGCAAAAGGUGACAAUGAUCCUAUCGAUGUCAUCGAAAUCGGUUACAGAAUAGCCAAGCGAGGAGAGAUUCUCCAAGUUAAAAUUAUCGGAACAAUUGCUUUAAUCGAUGAAGGUAAGUUUAUUACUUUAGACUUUUAAGUUACGAGCUAAUAAACAUUGUGACUUGUUAUCGUGUUUAUGUCCAAGUUUAACUACUUGACCUUCAUUAACUAUUAUAGAUAAAGAUUUG